AUGCAAGAACAUUUCGCUACUUUUCUUGUCACCAUAGCCAUCACUUGGCUUACCUUAACCAUCGUAUUCUGGUCUACACCAGGUGGACCGGCCUGGGGAAGAUACUUCUUCACUCGCCGGUUUACCCUCGGUAAUAGCCGAAAGACGAAGAAUCUCAUCCCCGGACCGAGAGGGUUUCCACUUGUGGGAAGCAUGAGGCUAAGAUCAAGUCACGUGGCUCAUCAGCGCAUAGCAGCUGUGGCUGCGACGUGCAACGCCAAGCGGCUCAUGGCGUUUAGUCUCGGUGAUACUAAGGUGGUGGUGACUUGUCAUCCUGACGUGGCAAAGGAAAUACUGAACAGUUCAGUUUUUGCAGAUCGGCCGGUUGAUGAAACCGCUUACGGUUUGAUGUUUAACCGAGCCAUGGGAUUUGCUCCAAAUGGUACUUACUGGCGUUCACUGCGUCGGUUAGGCUCGAACCAUCUUUUCAGUCCGAAGCAAAUCAAACGCUCGGAGGAGCAGAGACGAGUGAUCGCGACGCAGAUGGUGAAUGCUUUUGCAUGUAACGCUGAAACCGCGUUUGGAGUGCGUGAUAUGCUUAAAACGGCGUCGUUGUGUAACAUGAUGGAGUUGGUUUUCGGGAAAGAGUAUGAAUUGGAGUCUAAGAACAACGUCGAAUCGGAAUGCUUGAGAGGUUUGGUUGAAGAAGGCUACGAUCUUCUUGGUACGCUAAACUGGACCGACCAUCUUCCUUGGUUGGCCGGUUUAGAUUUUCAACAAAUCCGAUUCAGGUGCUCACAGCUCGUUCCCAAAGUAAACCAGUUAUUGAGCCAAAUCAUUCAUGAACACAGUGCUGCCACGUGUAAUUUUCUCGACGUGUUACUUUCUCUUCAAGGUUCCGAGAAAUUAUCACAAUCUGAUAUGGUCGCUGUUCUUUGGGAAAUGAUAUUUAGGGGAACGGACACAGUGGCGGUACUGAUCGAAUGGGUGCUAGCGAGGAUUGUGAAGCAUCCAAAAGUUCAAUCAACGGUCCACGAUGAGCUUGACAGGGUCGUCGGCAGAUCCAGAGCCGUUGAUGAGUCUGACCUUCCAUCUCUCACGUAUCUAACGGCCAUGAUCAAAGAAGUGUUAAGGCUGCAUCCACCAGGUCCACUUCUCUCUUGGGCGCGUCUCUCAAUAACAGACUCCGUCGUAGACGGAUAUCACGUGCCGGCUGGUACCACCGCAAUGGUGAAUAUGUGGGCUAUAGCACGUGACCCGUCCGUGUGGGAGAAUCCUUUAGAGUUCAAGCCUGAGAGGUUUGUGGCUAAAGACGGUGAAACUGAGUUCUCUGUAUUCGGGUCGGAUCUGAGGUUGGCACCGUUCGGGUCGGGUAAGAGGGUUUGCCCGGGAAAGAAUUUAGGACUUGCCACGGUGACGUUUUGGGCUGCGACGCUUUUGCAUGAGUUUGAGUGGCUUCCUAGCGUUGAGGCUAACCCUCCAGACCUCUCGGAGGUUUUGAGGCUAUCGUGCGAGAUGGCUUCUCCUCUCGUCGUUAACGUGCGCCCAAGGCGUAAGACAGUAUAA